CCAGGAAUGGAGCCGGUGGGCGGCGGCGGCUCCUCCUCCACCACCGACCCGCGAAGUACCUACGUGCUGAGUAACCUCGCGGAGGUGGUGGAGCGUGUGUUCACCUUCCUGCCCGCCAAGGCGCUGUUGCGGGUAGCCGGAGUGUGCCACCUAUGGAGGGAGUGUGUUCGCAGAGUGCUGCGGACCCACCGCAGCGUGACCUGGAUCUCCGCAGGGGUGGCGGAGGCCGGCCACCUGGAAGGACAUUGCUUGGUCCGCGUGGUAGCAGAGGCGCUUGAGAAUGUUCACAUCUUACCACGGACCGUCCUCUACAUGGCAGAUUCUGAAACUUUCAUUAGCCUGGAGGAGUGCCGUGGCCACAAAAGAGCGAGGAAAAGAACUACCAUGGAGACAGCAUUUGCCCUCGAGAAGCUGUUCCCCAAGCAGUGUCAGAUCCUUGGGAUUGUGACCCCGGGAAUUAUAGUGACGCCAAUGGGAUCAGGUAACAACCGACCUCAGGAAAUAGAAAUUGGAGAAUCUGGUUUUGCUUUAUUAUUUCCUCAAAUUGAAGGGAUAAAAAUUCGGCCCUUUCAUUUUAUUAAGGACCCCAAGAAUUUAACACUCGAACGACAUCAGCUUGCUGAAGUGGGUCUUCUGGAUAACCCUGAGCUUCGCGUGGUCCUUGUCUUUGGCUAUAACUGCUGUAAGGUGGGAGCCAAUAAUUACCUGCAGCGAGUGGUCAGCACUUUCAGCAACAUGAACAUCAUCCUGGCUGGAGACCAGGUGGACAACUUGUCUUCACUGACUUCUGAGAAGAAGCCUCUGGAUAUUGAUGCCACAGGUGUGGUUGGACUGUCGUUUAGUGGACAGCGAAUCCAGAGCGCCACGGUUCUCCUCAGUGAGGAUGUGACUGAUGACAAGACGGCUGAGGCAGCCAUGCAGCGUCUCAAAGCCGCCAACAUCCCCGAAGAGAACACCGUCGGCUUCAUGUUCGCGUGCGUGGGCCGGGGCUUUCAGUACUACAGAGCCAAGGGGAACGUGGAAGCUGACGCCUUUAGGAAGUUUUUUCCCAGUGUCCCCUUAUUCGGUUUCUUCGGAAAUGGGGAGAUUGGAUGUGACCGGAUAGUCACCGGGAACUUCAUACUGAGGAGGUGUAAUGAGGUAAAGGAAGAGGACCUGUUCCAUAGCUACACGACUAUCAUGGCGCUCAUUCACCUGGGGGCCUCUAAAUAGACUGGCUCUCACAGGAUGUAACUUUGGGGGGUUGCCUUUUUCAGAAAAAUGGAAACUUGGGAUAUAAGUAUUUUAAAACCAAACUAGCUCCUUGUGCUUUGUAGCUUUGGUGCUCUGAGAUCAUGUUGGGUGAGUUUUAAUGCAGAGAUGAAGGACAGCUUUGUUCACAGAUCAGACAGUGGGAGGAGGCCACCAGGAGGAUGGAGGUUGAAGACCUGUAGUUACUGAUGAACAUGUAGCAGAAUCAUGACUUUAUUUUCCCUUAAAGGCAAAAAU